AUGGAGCGCGCCUGCUUGCGGCUGAUUUGGGGCUACCGCUGGCUUGGUCUCUCUCCCGCCCACGUUAAACUGCAGCUGCUUCUUCCUGGUGAGGAGUGCCAACGGGAAGCGUGGCUGGAGAGCACCAUGCCCAUGCGGCACCAGACCUCCGCAAGCCCGCUUAGUCCCACCGCUGCAGGGCUCCGGGCCCCAAAAACAGCAGAUUCGGAGCGAGUGCAGGGGUCUGAGUAUGAGAAGGUGCCAGUAAUUCUGGUUGGUAAUAAAGUGGACCUGGAAAGUGAGAGAGAAGUAUCAUUGAGUGAAGGCAGAGCCUUAGCUGAAGAAUGGGGCUGCCCGUUUAUGGAAACCUCUGCUAAAAGUAAAACAAUGGUGGAUGAGCUCUUUGCGGAAAUUGUUAGACAAAUGAACUAUGCAGCACAGCCAGACAAAGAUGAUCCAUGCUGUUCUGCAUGUAAUAUACAAUAG